AUGGAUUCUUCACUGCACGAGGUCUGGCAGGCUGCGUCCGGCUCGCCGUUCACCCCCGCCAUCGGCAAGGACAACCAGUUUCUCUUGGCCUUCAUUCUCCUGGUCCUGGGCUUUGGCCUCAGUGGCGCGUUCGCUCUGAACCGGUCUGUAGUGAGCCUCCCAACUUUGGCUGUGCCUGCGUCGUUGUCGCUUGCGGUUGGUGUGGUUUACAUGUUCUGUGCGGUCGGGGUCUACAUGGACGCACCAGACCCCCCUAUCUUCCGAGCCGUCACCAGCUCAACCAGACUUCUCUAUCAGCUACUCAAAGCGAUCAAUUUCACCAAUAAAGUCCACGUCGAGAUCACCGAGAAAGGAAUCCGCUUCUCGACCGACCACGCCAGAGUGAUGCAAGGCGUCACCCAUUGGGACAAAUCUCUCUUUACCUCGUAUACCACAAAUAUUCCCGCCCCCGAAGAAUCCAACGGCAACCCCGACGACGAAGAUGAUGCCCCUCCCCCCUCGGUCAUAUUUCAACUAUCUCUACCCGCCCUCUUGGAAACCCUUCAGAUCUUUGGCGCCGCCGACGCAGCCGCCCGCCAGGCCAGAUCAGACAUUGACCCCUACCGCAGCACCAACCUCCGCAACUACCGCUCCGACGCCUUCUCCAACCAGACCCUCGGCAUGAGCAACGGCACUUGUUCGCUAUCCUACAAUGCCGAAGGUGACCCCUUCAGCAUCAUCCUCGAAGAAGGUAGCGUGAAGACGACCUGCAACCUCACAACCUAUGUUCCUGAAAUCCCAGAGGACAUCCCCUUUGACAUUGAAGAUUUGGGAUUCAAGAUCAUCACCCAGGCCAAGUGGCUGCUGGAUGCCCUG